AUUCUAUCGGCGACGAACAAACUCCUUUCAUCAUAGAUAUUUGCAAAUUAAACAAACUGCAAUCUAUAAUAUUUUUAUACACCGAAUCGGUAAAAGAAAUGGAAAUGACAACGAUGAUGUUCAAUUUGAGGCGUUCACUUUCUAACGAAGGGAUUGCGAGCACGAAUUGGUACUUUUCACAAUUGCAAGAAUCAUCGUACUAUUUAAAACAAAUUGUACAACCAUAUUUCAUAGUGUUAAUAUCUAAUUAUAAUACGAUUAAUGACUUCUCUUUUGCAACACGUACCUUUGACAUGUCUUCAGCUGUGUGGCUAGUGAUAUUCAUUUACAAAGAAAAUAGUACCGAUUAUUGUCACAAUCCACCAGGUAAUAUAUUUCAUUUAAGAUUCAACACCGAAAUGGUGAUCCGCUGUGGUACGGAAAAUAUUUUACGAGAAUGGUAUUCAAUCGAUACGAAUCAAAUCGAGAUCAAUGAUGUAGCUACUUGGAGCUUAGAGAAAGGAAUCACUAAAUUGGUUCCUGAUUUUAUAUACAAACGAAGAAAUAAUUUAAAGGGUUUGAUCAUGAGAGCUGUAAUCGUAAAGGAUUCAACAUUCAUAAACUUAAAAGAGGAUGGCGAAUUAGGCAGUACGUUCAAUGAAUUACUAAGAGAAAUAUGUGUUGCUCUUAACUUCAGUUUUGACAUAGUCUCAGAAGUAGAAGAGUUCGGAAGAUGGAAUCCAGAAGAACAUAUUUGGACUGGAGCAAUUGCAGAAUUAUAUGCAGGACGAGCAGACAUUUCUCUUGCUGGUUUUUCUAUUACCAAUGAUAGAUUAAAUGUCGUUGACUUCGCGCUUCCUCAUGUGAUCACCAAAAACUAUCUCUUCAUUCGUAAACCAGAACUAUUUGCGGUUGAAUGGUCAUCUCAUUUUUUAACUUUCAGUUAUUCUGUUUGGAUUGCUAUGUUCGGUGUGAUAAUUGGGACAACGAUAUUAUUGGUUUUCCUCAAAAUAGAAAGUGGAACCGACCGUAAAAUAGGCCAUUUAUUGAUCGAUAAUUUUUUGGAGAUUUGGGGUAUAUUUUGUCAACAGGGACUUGCUGAUUUCACUUACAUAUUUUCGUUACGAAUAGCAUACUUCUCAAUAUUUCUUUUGAUUAUCGUCUUUUGGUCCAGUUAUUCAGCUGCUUUGAUAAGUUUUUUGACGUCUGUAAAUCACAUCUUACCAUUUGAUUCACUAGAAGACUUCGUUGCAGUCGGUACUCAUCAACUUGUCGUCAUUCGUGGUACGGCUUACUAUGAUAAGUUUGCAAUUUCGAAAGAUCCGUUUGCAGAGAAAGUUAUGAAAUUGAUGUUAAAAGAAGAAAAUUUGCCCAUUACCGAAUUCGAAGCAUUUGAAAGAGUGUGUAAAAAUCGGGGACUAGCAAUAUACACGAGUGAUGAAUUUAACAAAAUGGGAAAUCUGAAGAUACCAUGCAAUGUAAUUCGUAUUGAAACAGGACAUCUAAACAGUUUUGCUAUGAUUUUAUCUAAACACAAUCCAUUUUCCGACGUCAUCAAUUUUCAUAAUCUCUCGGAGUCAAAUACGAACCGUAAGCAAAAUACUUCAAUUUCUUCCAUUUAAAAUGUUCAAAAAUAUGUUCGAUCUUCAGAGCCAUGAAGAAGAAGGAUUAUUAUGGGAUUUCCAAAUUCGACUAUUAUCCAGCGCAGUAAUAUAAUAUAGAUAUCCUUCUAUUUC